AUGGCUUCCAGUGAGGUCAAUGAAGGAAUAAACGAUUCUCUGGAGGUGAAAUCUAUUGAAGAACUUCUUAAAGAACGCGGGGAGUUGAUCGCCAUGCUUUCGGCCGAGAGUGACGAUGCUGGAGGCGACCAUCUGACCAUUCACCAUCAUCAGCAGCAGCCAAACAGCUUCGUGGAUGGUGAGGACCAGUACUCAGAAUUCAUUGAAUCCUUCCAGCAACAGAAGACGAUCGAGGCAUCUUUUAUGUCGAAGUUGGGUGUUGACGACGACCGUCGACAGAUCACGUUUGAUGUCGAUGGAGACGACGAUAUGCCGGCAACGAAGCGCUGCAAGACAGAUCUGGGAAACGACUGUGAUCCGUUCGCGGGUUGUCCUUUGGAUCUGGCUUUUGGGGAUGAGGUUAACUGCAAGACGACCAGCUGGGAGGCGGAUGACCUCCGGUCGUCUUCUAAAGAUUACCGUUUCUUAUCGUCGUCACAUACGGAAGAUGACGUCACUAGCGGGGUGAUCAGUCUGUUUGACAGGGAUGGAUCUCAUUCAAAGAAAGGCGUGCCAGAGAUCUUGAACUUGGAAGACGACCGGUUACCACUACUGAAUAGGUUUUCCGGUGCCGAUGGAGCAGACGAUGGAAGCUGUUUUGGGUCGAAUAUGCCGGGAGAAUUUUCUCAAACCAUUUCUAGUCAUGACGCCGACAACGAUACCUCAUCUGAGGGACUUAUCAACUCCGGGGGUGACACAUCGUCCGACUAUAAGCAGGGUAUGAGCGCACUGCGCGAACUAGGCGAAAUUCUGGCCAAUUCAGAAGGCGGUUGCGAUAGGGAUAAAGGCCGUGGUUAUGGAACGGUGCGCAGAUCAUCCAUCGAUCGUCCGCAGCAGCAGACAUCGUCUUGCUGUGAGACGGACAGGAACAACGAGGAGAUCGACCAGAUGCUAGAUGAAAGCCUGCAGAAUGACCACGGCGAAUCGGUCAAGGAAACUACCGACAACCAGCUUAAAGAUGACGAACUAAAACUCUUAGGCAUCGGCGGCACCGAAGGUAAUGAGGAAGGUGAUGGAGCUUCGGUAAUGUCGCUGAACGGUGAGAUACUGCGGCCGGCGCAUAUCCGUGAGAAGAUCGUAUUGCGCAACCGCGGCACCGAGUACUUUGAGGUACUACCUGACGGCUGGAUCGACGUGACGCAUAACAGCGGCAUCCCGGUCUACCUGCACAAAGAGACGCGUGUGUGCACUCUGUCUCGGCCGUACUUUAUCGGACCGGGAAGCGUCCGCAACCACGACGUGCCUCUAGCAUCGAUCCCGUGCCUGCAUCAAAAACGCAUGAAGGAAUUGGACCAGCAGAAACUACGAGCCACCAAUGAAGCCACAACAGCCGCUGACACCCUCACAAACCCCAGUGCUGUUGACUCAGCAUCCACCACCAACGUCGACGAUAUCAAGAUGAAACUGGCGAUGACGUUCAAGAUGCCUGAGGUGAAGGUGCAGACUACUGAGGACUACGCGUCCAGGAACCUAAAACCUGAGCAACUACACGAGUACACGAAAAAGAUAUUCGAAUUCGAAAAGAUCAAAGGUACCGCAUUUAUGUUCAGCUUAUUCACGCUACGAUUUAAUUAUCCGUUUUUGAGAGACAAAUUAUAAUU